GCUUCGCCACGUACGUUCCGAUGGUAGACCCAUCGUUUGGCGCCGAAGCGAUUUCGGACCUCUUGCUCGACUUUUAUAUCGUCGUGCUAGGUCUUGUGAUCGCUUCUUUGAAGGUCGAUGCCACCUCGGCAAUGGCCGCGUGGGAACAAGAGCGAGCGCUAAUACCCAAAUGCAGCGAAAGUCCGCCCUGGAGACCGAUCAUAUGGAAGAUGCAAAAGCGUCACGCAUCGGACGACACUGGCGCACGGUAGAAGCUUACGGAUUGCAUAGUGGAACGAUAUAAUCUAUUCCGAGGUUACUUGUGAAGUGGUCCAUUCUGUAACCCCCUUGCACCAAGCCGCCAGUUUGAUCAGGUUUGAUGCCAAUUUGGUGAACAAGGCAGCUACGCCAUCAUGUACACUGGCUUCCUUCGUUUGGACUCUGCUUGCGAUGAAAACUCGGGAAUGGG